AUGGCGGAGAACUGCUCGGUGCUCGAUCCGUGGCUGUUCCGCUCGGAACCGGCGUGGAUGAGGGAGGCCUUCGCCCGCGACAACGAGGCGCUCACCCGCGCCCUCCAGAUCUCACUCUCGGACACCUCCUCUUCGGGCGCCGCCACUCCCGCCGCUGCCUCGCCCUCCGCCGCCACCACCUCCUCCACCUCCCCCUUCCUCCUCCACCAUCACCUCGCCCCGUCCGCGGCGCCCCUCCGCCCGCGGAAUAACCCGCUCGGCCCCGCCUCUGCCGCCCGCGUCGCCAAGCGCAAGUCGCGCGUGUCCAAGCGAUCGCCCACCACCUACAUCAACACCGACCCGUCCAACUUCCGGGAGAUGGUUCAGCGCGUCACCGGCGUCCAGGUGAUCGGGGAUCUGCCGCCGGACGUCGAGCCGUUGGUGAAGCCCGAGCCGAUCCGGCCCCGCGCCGCUCCUCAACAUGCCUUCCUGCCCACGCUCGACACCUCGGCACUAUUGCUGGCCAACGGCGUCGGGUCUCUCGCUGCGUCGCCCGAACUCCCGGUUUUUGACGCCGACGCGCUGUUGCCGGCCUUCCCCACCCUCGAGUCGUGGGGGGUAAUGUAA